AUGCGAAUCCUCACGGGAACCCCGACAGAGCUACCAGCCUAUCCGAACUAUGCUAUUCCAGAAGCAAUACGGGCUAAAGCUUGCCAAAUUUUCGAAUCCGGCACCCGUGGUUGCGGGACUCUGAUCAUCAAGGCAGAAGAACGCUUUCACGGACGAUCCGCCGAGGAGAUUCGCGAAAUCCUGGACCGCGAAGACCCCAAGACUGGCGAUUUUGUCCUGAUUGACCAUAGCAUCGAAGAAAAGGACGAGGUUACUUAUGUGGGAGGAUGGCAUAAGUCCGGCGAUGGACUCGAGGUGGUCCAGGUGAACGACGAGCGAAUCCUUUUGACGUUGCGAAUGAAGCUUCGUGCUCUUCCUUCCUGCUGGACAAAUUACAGCGUGGCAAAUUCUUCACUUGCUGAGGACAUCUCGAUGGUUUUCGAAGGAAGCCCAUAUGAUCCUCAUGCAGAUUAUCCAGCCCUCAACUUCAACGAUGAUGAUGAAGUUGAUGGUCCCGGAGACACUGUUCACGUGUUGGCCGAGCCAGGAGAAUGGGAGGAAGGCCCAGGCACCCUGUUGGACGUCGAUCCGCCACAGGACCGCGUGUACCGUCUCAAAAGCGAUGUUGCGAAGGCAAAUAACCUUUCAAACCCUUGGGCCGUAGGAGACGCUACGGCUGGUGCUCCAACUGCUAGGGACUCCGAGGUUUGUGUAUUCACAAACAGCGACUUCAGCAAUGGCCGAGGACUGUCCAUCCUGGCGGAUCCAAAAGACGCUGCAGAUAUUGAUUGGAUCGAGCUGUUCACAAAAUCCAGCAAUGCGCAUGGCCUCAACCGAGCAGAGGGAUUCCAAGAAACCAUGAUACCUGGAAAGGGGAUGGGCUUGGUGGCUGACCGUGUCAUAGCGAAGGGCGAACGUCUCAUGUCCUGGACCCCUCUACUUGUGGAGCACGACGCCACUUACGCUCUUGAUCCAAAGGUCCUAGGAGAGCUGCGAGAUGUUGCUCUUGAGCGCAUGAGUAAAGAGCAGCAGACGAUGUUUCUUGCACAGCAUAGACAAUGGGGUGGACACCAUGCAAGUGACAUCAUGGUGACCAAUUCAUUCAUGUUCGAAUCAUUUGGAGGACUGCCCGGAGGAACCACCGCAAACUUUCCAGAAGUCUCCGUAAGUACAUCCUUCAUCACUCAUCCCACAUCCCCAACACUAAAGAUAGAGAAGCGCUUCAACCACGCUUGCCGUCCCAAUGUCGGUUAUUCGUUUGACAGCGAGACGCUCAGUCAGUCUCUGUAUGCCACUCGUACCAUCCACCCAGGCGAGGAGCUCACCAUCACAUACAUCAAUACCUUACGACCGCGGCAUGAACGGAUCCAUGCGCUGCAGAACGGGUGGGGCUUCAAGUGCACCUGCUCUCACUGUACUCUUCCCUUGACAGAGAUUGAUCAGUCGGACCAGCGUAUCAGACGCAUCGAAGAAAUCUCGUACUCUUGCGACGACGAAUGGGCCGCGAAUAAUACGCACUGUGGUUUGGACCUGGCCAUAGAGCUUGCGCUUCUCCACCAGGAAGAGAAAAUCACUGGAUCUGCAAUGGCUUCAGCCUUCUAUCAAGUAAAGAUGGCUGCUGAGGUAAACGGACUCGACGAUUUGGCCACCAAGUAUACUCAACUCACCAUAGCUGAGCAAUUGGGUGAUGGUUACGGUCAGGCAAGGAAACUGGAAGAAGAGCAGGAAAAAAUUAAAAAGGCUGAGGAUGAAGCUGAGGACGAAGGCCGGCUCCGGGAGGAAUUGAGUCUUGGUCUGGAGGAAGCUGCCAUCAACCACUGCAAGUAG